AUGUCUACUGUCCUCGCUGGUCCACCAGGUGAAUGUUGCGCCAAAGGCUUCAAGCAUUCUGGCGAACCAGCCGGAACGACUGUAACCAUUGCAGAUCUGCGAACCUAUCUCUCUGAUCCCCCGCACGUCCAGUCGGAGGGCCCCAAGAAAGUCAUCCUGUUCUUCUCGGAUAUCUUUGGGCCUUACUUCUUGAACAAUCAACUCUUACAAGACUACUACGCGUCGCAAGGGUUUCAUGUUUUGGGUGUUGAUUACUUCUUCGGCGAUGCUGUCCAUCUGCACACCGAGCCGGGAUUUGAAUUAUGGCCCUGGAUCGAUAAAUGCUUCGUCAAGGCGAAGGAGGUGACCCCGAAGUGGAUCGAUGCCGUCAUAGACAAAUAUGGUACGCUACUCUUACUCUUCGUUAACGCUUCCAUAUACAUUAUAGGCUAUUGUUUUGGUGCGCCGUUUACUAUGGAACUGGCUGCCGGCGAUAGGAUUGCCGCUGCCGCUUUCGUCCACCCUGCAUACCUAACGGACGACCACUUCAAGAAACUUAAGAAGCCUCUCUUACUGUCUCUGGCGGAAAUUGACCCAACUUUCCCCACCGAAUCUCGCCGGCGCGCAGAAGAUAUUUUAAACGAAGUCAAAGCAACCUAUCAUGUCCAACUAUUUGGUGGUGUGGAACAUGGAUUCGCAACGCGAGGUGAUCCUUCAGUCGAGGUCAUUCGCUGGUCCAAGGAAGAAUCCGCUCGUGGGAUCGCUGGUUGGUUUAACAGGUUCACCUGA